AUGGUCCGGUUAUCAUCUAUGGCGGGUGCAACGGCGCUGCUCACUCUCGCGCUGCAACUUCGCACUAUAGGUGCUAUGUUUAGCGUCCAUGAGGACUUGCUGGCGUAUCCGCAGUACGAGGUACGCUUUCCUAGUUCCCAAGACUCAUAUGUCACCGAAGAAGAAGCCGAUCGCAAGAUGGCAUCUAUGUCGUUACGAGAUUUACAACAAGUGUCUACGUCUUCUACGCCUCCUUCCACGAAUCCUACCGAUAGUCCUGGAACGAAUGGCGACGAAGGUUCUGGCUCCCUUGCUGUUCAGAAUACAGAUCAAAAUGGUGAUGGUAGCGGAGCAUUCUCACAUCGUGCUUCUGAUGAUGUUAUCUACGAAGCCAUGAGGAUGGGUAAACGACGAUACCUCUGUUCGAUCCCCGUUGUCCAACCACUACCAAAACUAAACGCUACGGAAAGACGAAAGAAUAAGUCCGAAGAAGAUAAGGAACUGGCGCGGGCUACUGUCUCCGGAACGGAGUUGUUGAGGGGGAUGGAAGGGAGUUGUUUGUAUUUUAUUUCCGGUUGGUGGUCUUAUAGCUUUUGCUAUAAUGAUCAUAUCAAGCAGUUUCAUCAGUUACCGCCUGCGAAUGGAGUUCCGGCUUUACCGCCUGUAGAGGAUCCUCAUGCUGCUAGUUAUAUUCUUGGUAGGGCGGCGGUUCCGGAUAGAGAUGCUAAGCCGGAUAUGCCGAAGGAAGGAGGGGUGAUGGAGAUGGCGGCGAAUGGGGAGUUGAAGUAUUUGGUGCAGAAGUUGGCGGGGGGUACUUUGUGUGAUAUUACGGGGAAGGAGAGGAGGAUUGAGUUGCAGUAUCAUUGUUCACCACAUGCGUCGCAAGAUCGGAUCGGUUUUAUUAAGGAGGUCACGACAUGUUGCUACCUUAUGGUGAUCUAUACUCCACGACUUUGUAGCGAUGCGGCCUUCCAGCCUCCUGCCGAAAGUAGGGCGAAUCAAAUCGAGUGUCUGGAGGUUAUGAAUGAAGAAAGGAUUAAAGAAUACCGAGCUGAGAAGGAAAGAAGGGAGAAGAACCUACAAGCUCUAUUAGAGAUUGUAGGAACCGAAGCCGAACAAGAGUUGGCAGGAAAGUUACAGACUGGAUCUGGGAAGAAACCAUAUGCUUCGAAGCCGAAUUAUAAGAUUAGGGGUAAAGGGAACGAGAGGGGGGGUAAGGAAGGGGAUAAUCCGGAUGGGACUUAUAUUAUUACUGGGAAUGAUGGGAGGGAACAGAUGGUUAUGGUUCAAGAGUUGGAGGUAGAUGCUAAUAUGUUGAAGAAUUUACCUGCGGGGAUGGAUAUUGCUGAUAUUGAGGCGUUUGCGAGGAUGGCGGGAGCAAGGCAGGGACAGGGACAGCAGGUUGGUGCGGGGAGACCAGUUGAGAUUGAUGCGAAUAUGAUGAAGAAACUUCAAGAGGAAGGGAGGAAACAUCAGCAUCAAAGGGAGAUUAAGCCGGGGAAGAAGGGUGAAGAGGGAGGUAAUGAGAAGAAGAAGGAGGACGGGAAGGAGAAGAAGAAGAAGCAGGCUGGUGAGGGGCAUGAUGAGCUAUAG